AUGCCCUCCAAGAGAAAGGUUCACGAUGCCGAGACCAAUGCUACCUCGACGUCGGCCCCGAAGCGCCAGCGAGUUUCUCGAGCUGCUCGAGAGAAGUGUGACGGCGUUCAACCACAAUGCUUCUCCUGCGUAACGCUAUCGAGGCAAUGCACGUACAACGUCGCUCCGAAGAAGCGCGGCGUACAGACCGGUCUAAUUCGAACAUUAGAGCUCGCCCUUGUCUGGCUGUUCGACCAGGUUCCCGGCACUGAAGAGAAGCUCUCAGAGUUGCUCGCCCGCGAGGGCGAUGGCGGGCAAGCUCUGCUAUUAGACAAAGACAAUGAAGCCGGUAACCGUCUUCACAAGAGAUGGAGGAGGUGUCGAGUUCAUAAAGACAUCGACCGACUUCUAUCCGGCAAGGACGGUAUAAGCCCACGCCAAGACACCUCGGGAGACGAAUCAGAUGCGGACGCAGAUGGCCGCAACAAACAGAAAGACGCAACCCCCCAAGAAGGUGCCGCUGUGUCUCCAAAAAUAAACGGCUCCGAACGGGCAUCGGACGCGACUCCGGGCGAACCGGGCCCAAGACAUCGACACGGCUCUAUAUCCCGCCGAAGAUUCAAACUCCCAAGAAACUUUCCGAGGCUGCUAGAAGUUUACUAUUCUUAUACCCACAGUUGGCUUCCAAUACUAAACUCCAAAGAAGUCCUCGAUAAUGUUGCAGCCUCUUAUCCACCCGAUGGUUUUGAUAUCGACCCAGAAGACUCCGGCGCCAGCGCGGCCCACGCCGAACUGUGGUGCGCCCUUGCCGUUGGAGCCUUCCAGGAUGCGACAUCAUCCAAUACCUCCGGACGGGCUGAGCCUUCAGACCGUCCAAGCCUUAUAUUCGCAGCUGCACGAGGCUUGAUACCCGUGGAAACAGACAUGGGACUAGGUCACGUCAAAGCUCUACUGGUGUUGUCUCUGGUAAAGUUGGGUCAAGACAACGCAGGCGCCGCCUCAUUGCUUAUUGGUCUCGCCGUUAGAGGUGCUAUGGCACUCACGGAUGGCAGGUCAAGGAAUAGGGGCCGCAACUCUAUAUCUGGUCAGGUGGCACCUUUGACACCAGAAGCAAACUCAACUGCGCUGGAUCGAGUAAUGAUGGCAUGUCUCAUGCUUGACACCAUAGUAUCCCUGGGACUCGGCCAAACACCACACAUGAGGACGAGCGAUAUGAAAGACAAGCCAACGGAUGAAAACGGGCCGGAAGAAUGGGCUCCUUGGGCGCCACGGACUGGAUUCGGAUCCGAGGAGGUUGACGGCGCAGUGCACGCGGCCCAGUCGCUGAGUUCUUUCAACCAGCUUUAUCAGUUCUUCCGGACCCUGAAUCAGAGCGUUGAGUCAGGAACUGCAGCACCGCAGAUAGGUGCUGCGAACCUGGUGCAGGUGCUUGACCCCCGGUUCUCAUUUUGCAACUCUGUUGUUUUUGGAGCGUCAACGAUACCCAAACUGCCGUCGGCCUUUUUGAUACAGGCUACUUUCCUCGGUGCCACGCUGACAUUGAUGCCCGACGCCCGGGUCUCGCUUAUUUGGAGUCUGAUGGAGGUUUUGGAAAAUUCCAUUGCCCAAUUUGGCGCAGCCGGCGUGUCGCCGCUUCUUGUCACUUACAUGAGCAUCGCUAAUACCAAGAGUUGCGUGAAAGCUCUGCGAGACGAUGACAAAGCCAGAUGGAAUACUCUGAUGGGAGAUCUGAUAUCUGUUUGGCAAGACCGGACGACCAACGCAGAUUCGUCCGUGUUAGAUGCUGAGCCUGGCGGCAAAACACCUAUCCAGGCCGAACAGUCGGCUCCUCAUUUCUCACAGCCCGCCGCACGACAAAACCCACACUAUUCUCAAUUCCCAAUGAACACGGAUUCAUACCACCAAAACGGCAACGGGUUUCUACCAACUGCUUCGUCAGCUAGUCCUUCGACGGCGCGAACGAUGCCAUUUACCCCAGGAAGUCAGCUGGAUGCAUUUCCCACAGGAUUUAUGGGGCAUCUGCCUUCGGCUCAAACACCAUACCUGAUGGGACAAGGACCCCACGGCGUGGAUUACGACGCCAUUAUGGACGAGUUGGCUUCUAUAGACUGCACAGAUAGCAUGGAGGCCGACCCGCAGUUCAUGGCCAAUCUCGGCUUCGCCCCAGGCUCAGACUUGACAGACAUGCUGCGGGGAGAAUUUGGGGGGAUGUGA